AUGCCUGAAAAAGAGCAUUUCGGUGCGCGCGUGAGCUCGUCUCACACACGAUCAAUCGGUAUCACUCAUCGAACCACCCCAUUGGCCUGCUCAUGGACCGGUGACAUGAGAGUCAGAUUCUCAGACUUCCAAGUCAAUGAGAUUAAGAAAGAUGGUGCGGUCCUUCAUUUGCGCACUAUAGGACUUGGAAAUGAGAUCAAGGCAAGAAUUCCCGAACAAUCUCAAACGCCCAAGGGUGAAAAUUCGGACACGCCGCAAAAUGAAAAGUCCCAACCUGAACAAACCAUUGAGAUUCCACAGGAAGAUGUCACAGUUCUCGAAAACCUCGCCACAGCCCAAUUUGCCCAGGACCUCAUCAAACUCUUCAACCACGGCAACGGUCCUUCGUCAAACGAUCCCAACACGGCCACAUCGCCCGUGCUCGACGACAAAUCCAAACGAGGCCAACUGCACCAGGAAGUCCGCCGAAUUUUCAGGUCCCGCCUCGAAACAACAACCGGACACGACGGUGUCAUUGUCGCCAACUAUGUCUCCCCCCGAAAGGGCGGUAAAAAGAGCAGAGGACGUCGCGGCCAACCCGGCGACGACGAACCCAUGGGGGAGUAUCUGCAUUUCACGCUGUACAAGGACAACCGAGACACAAUGGAUGCCGUGAGCCAAAUCGCUCGUCUACUAAGAAUAAAGCCCCAAGUCAUUGGAUACGCAGGCACCAAGGACCGCCGCGCAUCGACCACACAACGCUGUUCAGUAAGGUAUCAGCGCAAAAGGGCGUUGGCAGGACUCAACGGAAAACUAUGGGGUAUAUCAACCGGCGAUUAUGACUAUCAAGACGAACCAAUUCACCUGGGUCAACUCCUAGGCAACGAAUUCGUCAUCACCCUCAAGAACUGCAAAAUGGCCAACGAAACAUCCACACAGCCCCCCUCCGAGCGCCUAUCCUCCAUGAGGGACAACGUGGAAUCAGCCCUCAAACACAUGUCCUCCCACGGAUGGAUCAACUACUUUGGCCACCAGCGCUUCGGAACCCACGACGUCGGUACCCACGAAGUCGGCAAACUCAUCCUAGGCGACAACUACGAAGCCGCCGUCAACGCCCUCCUGAAAUACGACCCAGAAAUCGCAGCCAAGGCCGAGGCCGGCGAAAUCCCCGAAGAGCCAUCCAAGAGGGACGAAGUCCUCCGCCACCAAGCUUGCAUGCUCUUCCAAACAGGCAAGGACUACGACAGAGCCGCCAAAAUCAUGCCGCGGCGGUUCGCGGCUGAAUCAUGCAUCGUCCGCCAUCUCACCCGCAUGGGUAAGAACUCAGCACGAGACUUUGCAGGCGCCAUCACCCAUAUCACGCGUGGCUUGCGCUCAAUGUACCUCCACGCCUAUCAAUCUCACGUAUGGAACCACGCUGCCAGCCAACGGUACGCUUUGCACGGCUCAAAAGUCAUAAAGGGAGAUUUGAUCAUCUCCGACGGUGAGGCGCAGCCCGUUGUCGCGGAAAAAGAUCAGGACGGCGACGAAAUCAUCAACCCCGUUGAAGAUGAGGAGGAUGCGCCGUUGCGUGCGCGCCCUCUUACGGAGGAAGAAGCCGCCAGCGGCAAGUACACUAUCUAUGAUGUUGUUCUGCCCUCGCCAGGAUACGACGUCAUAUAUCCGGAUAACGAAAUCGGGAAAUUUUACGAAGAAUUCAUGGGCCGCGAAGAGAAUGGCAGUCUUGACCCGCACAAGAUGCGCCGCCUAAGGAGGGAGUUCAGCCUUCCCGGAAGAUAUAGGAAGAUAAUGCAAAAGUUUUUGGCGGAACCUAGCGUUGAAUUUAGGUUAUAUGAGGAUGAAACAGAGCAGAUGCACCCUACCGACUUGGAUUUGAUCAAGAACGUACGGGUUAAUGGGGGUGAAGGCAAGAGGAAAAGAGAUGAUGAUGAUGGUAUGGCUGUCAAGAAGAGCAAGGCUGAUGAGGUACUGCCCGAGCGGGUGACAGAGGAAGCAAAGAACGAGCAGCAAUCUUUGGAUGAUGGUGCUGGAGAAAGCAUCAAGGCAGAGCAAGCUGCUCAGCCUACCAAGGUUGCUGUCGUAGUCAAAUUCCAACUGGCGAGCAGUGCCUACGCGACAGUCACGCUCAGAGAAUUAAUGGGUGAUGGCUCUGAUGAAGACCAGCAACCAUCAGCAAAUGGAAACGCGGAAGGUUGA